AUGUCCUUAUCUUGCUGCAGUAGUAAUCCUAAUGUAGAAGGAAAAGUAGAAGAUGGAGGUUCAAGUUCGUGUGUUUUCAAUUGGUCAAAUUUACCAGAUGAUUUAAAAGUUGAGAUCUUGUCACGAAUCCCGGAUAAACCUCUUAUCAGGCUCAAGUGCAUUUGCAAAUCUUUAUACUUUCUGAUUUCAAAUACAUGUGCUCCUAGAUUCUCCUCGCCUUCUCCAUCCGCCGUUUUUUACGGCUUAAUCUACCUCCGGGGCGGUGAAAAUUUUCUUGCAUUAGCUCCUGAUUCUGGAGUCGUUUCUCAAAGGUUGUGGCAGAAUUUGAUGGCAUUGUUUGCUAGCUGUGAAGCCGAACACAAGGCGGAGCACAUUCUAGACUGUUGCAAUGGGCUUUUUCUUCUAGCAUCUAGAUCUUCCAAUCCAAAUCAGUAUUUCGUGAGCAACCCCACCACCUCUGAAUGUAUCAGAAUUCCUGUUAACCCCUUACACAGUGAUUUCAAGUACUCCUCGCUAGCUUUUGAUCCUACCGUUACACUUCACUAUAAAAUUAUUAGGUUUGCCCAAGUCACUCAAUUAUUAAAUCUGGAUGUUUAUUCAUCUGAGACUGGCGGUUGGGUUUGCCAUACUAUUGCUUUUGAGCCCGUUCUUGACCUUGGCCGCUGGAUUCAAAGUUCUGUUUACUUGAAUGGGGUUUUAUACAGGUUAUCAAUGGCCAAGUACUUGGUGUGUAUCAAUCUCGGAUUGAAAAAACAUACAAAAACAAAUGUGAAAUUGAAAGCUCAGGCUUUUGAGCUGCCUCAAAAGGAUGAAUUCAAUCAAUGUGGAUCUAUAGGGACAUCCAAAGGGGCUUUGCUUUACUUCGUCAAAGAUAAAUAUAGGAUACUAAUCUGGACGUUUGAUGACAGUUGUUGUUGGGUGCUCAAGCACAGCACCAACUUUCAUGGUCCCGUUUGGCACCAACCACUACAUUAUAUUUUUAAAUUUCAUCGUGACUUUAGGAAGUUCAAAUUUUAUGCUUUUCAUCCGAGUGAGGAUCAAAUCUUUCUGGGCUUUCUUGGUCGCAUGCUGUGUUAUAAUCACGAUACCAAGGAUUUUUAUUUCUUGAACUAUUGUCGUCCGCUUUACGAAGAGUACUAUGCACUCCCUUGCUCGCUCUGCGGAGUUGUUCUGAAUAGUGUCAUCGAGAGCCAUUAG